AACACUUUACGGCAGUGAAUUCCUAAAAAGCGUGUUACGACAGUGGGUAGCGGAGGUGUUUUCAUUCCACGCACUUAGCCUUUAGCACAUAUUAGUUAUGUUAUCCUUGUUUUUGUAGUUAACCGAACCUAAAUGAGUGUUUUUCAUUUAUUUCGUGGCUUCUUCGGGGUUCCCGGUGGCCGAAGGGACCCUUUCUUCGAGGCCAUGACCCGUGAUGAUGAAGACGAUGAAGAUGACAGCUUCUACGAUGACAGCUUCCGGGGGGACGGACAGGACCCCUUCGACAGUGCUUGGAAGUUUGGUUUUAGCUUCAGUCCCGAUGGGAUGAGAAUCCAAGAACCUCCUUUGUUUGGGCACGUUCUCAGGGAGAUGGAGGAGAUUUUUUCCCAUCUGGGUCACUGGGAUUCGCAAUCCGGUGUUCCCAGCAUUGCACCACCGCCACGUCAGGACGGAAAACGUGGUUCUAGCGGGAACCCCCUCAGAGACUUCAUGCUGAAAUAUCCCGAUAGUGAUAUACGAGGGAGAAAGGAGUCGCCACAAUUACCAAACUCUACUCCGUUUUCAAAAUUCAGUGAUGUCUGGAUGGAUAAGCUACCAAAAACACCAAAAGAUGAGUGCAAAAAAGAUCAAGAUCUUGAUUCUGCCGUGUCCGUUGGCGGUCUGGAUCAAGUUCUGACACCACCCGCCGACCUCGUGCCAAGUCAGCAGCCUCGGAGCAGGUCCUUCUUUCAGUCGGUCACAGUCACCAAAGUGCUGAAACCUGACGGGACUAUGGAAGAGCGGCGCACGGUUCGAGAUGGCCGAGGCAACGAGGAGACCACCGUUACCCACUCGAGAGGUCAUGGUGGUCAGGAGGGACCAGAUCAUCAAAUUGGCACUCGCUUCUCAGACAUGUGGGGAGAUGAUACAGACUCCUUCACAAAGCUUUUCGGAGGCUUUAAAUGACUUUAAUAUAACACGCAAACAUUUAAUUUAUGUUGUAGGGCUGUCAGUUGCACGCAGACGCUUGCAAGGUGAGGUAAUAUCGCAGAAAAAUUCCCAAUGUUUAUGAUAUAUUUAUUUUUGUAUUGCCCCAAUAGUUUGUUGACUGAAAAUAAAGAACAUUGACAUUU